AGCCCAAAUUCAUAAGGCCGGACCCAAAACGGACUCUGUUGGACCGCAUAUUCUGCAAGGUCCGAAGUACCGCUCUACACACUGAAUAGAAUAGAAUUGAAUUCCCAAAAUCUCACCAAUCGCGUCUAGGGUUUUCUUUCAUCAAGGUUUUCUGAAGGAGACGACUCUGUGACCGACCCAGAUAGCAGCCAUGGCGACCACCAAAGUACAGAGGAUCAUGACACAACCCAUCAAUCUCAUUUUCAGGUUCCUCCAGAGUAAAGCUCGGAUCCAGAUAUGGCUGUUCGAACAGAAGGACUUGAGGAUUGAAGGCCGCAUUAUUGGUUUUGAUGAGUAUAUGAAUUUGGUUCUGGAGGAUGCAGAGGAAGUCAAUGUAAAGAAGAAGAGCAGAAAGGCUUUGGGGAGGAUCCUUCUUAAAGGGGACAACAUCACGCUUAUGAUGAACACGGGCAAAUGAAGAUGGAUUUUCACCGGUGCAUGGGGUGGCCGCUUGGACGAAGCGGGUUAUAAAGAUAGUCAACAUUCCUUCUGAUGAUUAUGUACCCUAGACUAAAAGCUAGAGCUUAGUUGGAUAGCUUUUUUUGGCAUUGUUGUUCACCCUCCUGUAUUGGGGUUUUUUUAGUGGAGGUUAUGACGAACCCUUCCCGUAUUGGUUUAUGCUGAAUUGGAGGUUGAUUGUAUGACAUUACUGCAACUUGGCCAUUUGGAAAUCUGCUAAUUAGUAAAGGGGAUUAACGUC